AUGAUAAGAACAACCUGGAUCAGUGAAAUAUUGGAUUUGAUCUAUAAUAAUGGGGAUGUGGAGAAAUGCAAACAGAACGCAAUAUACAAACGAGUGCCGUUCAUGGAAUUGAUAAUUCCUGGACUGGAUAAUGGUGUGGAGGAUUUGAAAAAAAAGCAGUCUCCUCGAUUAGUGAAAACACACCUACCUGUUCAACUUCUCCCUUCUUCAUUUUGGAAGAAUAACUGCAAGAUGGUCUACGUGGCACGAAAUGCUAAAGAUGUGGCUGUGUCUUACUAUUAUUUCUACCAGAUGGCAAAACUGCAUCCAGAGCCUGGCACCUGGGAAGAGUUCCUGGAUAAAUUCAUGACUGGAAAGGUGGCUUUUGGUGCGUGGUAUGAUCACGUGAAGGGCUGGUGGGAGAAGAGGAAUGAUUAUCGUAUUCUUUACCUAUUCUAUGAAGACAUGAAAGAGGAUCCAAAGCGUGAAAUUCAGAAAUUGUUAAAGUUUCUAGACAAAGAUCUGCCAGAAGAAACCGUGGAUAAAAUCCUCUAUUACAGCUCUUUUGAUGUGAUGAAGCAGAAUCCAUUUACAAAUUAUACCACUGUAGCAGGAGUUCGUAUGGAUCAUUCCAUAUCUCCCUUCAUGAGAAAGGGUAUUUUGGGAGAUUGGAAAAAUCACUUCACUGUAGCCCAGUAUGAGAGAUUUGAAAAAGAAUAUGAUAAGAAAAUGAAAGGGUCUACACUGUCGUUUCGUUCAGAGAUUUAAGAAAUACUGUUCUUUCUCCAACUCCUUUACCUAACCCUUAAAUUAGAAAAAAAAUCCCUUCAAACAUUUAGUGAAAAAAAAUCUGCAUGAAAUGUUUCUUUACUUACUAACAGUAGUGUUUCGUAAUAGAAUAUUCAAAGAAUUUUGGAGUCUACAUAUAAAAAAUCAAUAGUCUCUGUGAUUUAAUUAAUUAAUGUUCUUACUAUUCUUAAAGACAAAAUAAUAAAAUGAAGUUUAAAAUCUA